GCUCCAUUUCAAGUCCAAAAAAACACACCCAAUAAUAUUAAUUAAUUAAUAUUUCCCUCGCUUUUGGGAGUUCAAAAAAUGGCCCCAGAACUCCAAGAGAAUGUCCCCGCUGGCGUUGGUGGAGCCACCGUCAGCUCGGAGAGAGCAUACGUGACGUUCUUAGCGGGAAAUGGAGACUACGUGAAAGGGGUGGCGGGAUUGGCAAAAGGGUUGCGAAAGGUGGCCACUGCUUACCCUCUGGUGGUGGCAGUGCUACCAGAUGUUCCGGCAGAGCAUCGGGAGAUUUUGAAAGCUCAGGAUUGCAUUAUUCGAGAAAUUGAACCCAUUUAUCCUCCCGAAAAUCAAAUCCAAUUUGCCAUGGCCUAUUAUGUCAUCAACUACUCCAAACUUCGGAUUUGGAACUUUGUGGAGUACAAAAAGAUGAUAUAUUUAGAUGGAGACAUCCAAGUAUACGAAAACAUAGACCAUUUAUUCGAGGAGCCAGAUGGUCAUUUAUACGCCGUAAUGGACUGCUUUUGCGAGAAAACAUGGAGCCAUUCCCCACAAUACAAGAUCGGCUACUGCCAGCAAUGCCCCGAUAGAGUCCAAUGGCCUGCCGCCUCCGGUCCGCCGCCGCCGUUGUACUUCAAUGCCGGAAUGUUCGUGUUCGAGCCGAGCCGCGAAACCUACGACUCGCUUCUGGAGACUCUUCGUGUGACGCCGCCGACUCCUUUUGCAGAGCAGGAUUUUCUGAACAUGUUCUUUGGGAAGGUUUAUAAGCCCAUUCCUCCUACUUAUAAUUUGGUUUUGGCUAUGCUGUGGCGCCAUCCUGAAAAUGUUCGUGAUCUUUCCAAUGUUAAAGUUGUUCAUUACUGUGCUGCUGGAUCGAAACCAUGGAGGUACACGGGAAAAGAAGCAAACAUGGAGAGAGACGACAUCAAAAUGUUGGUGGCAAAAUGGUGGGACAUUUAUAACGACACGUCGCUCGAUUUGAAGUCUACAAACGACGUCGUUAAGGAAGGAGAUGAGGCCCAAGCUCAAGCCCAAGCACUGCCCAAAUUCUCAAUAUUGGGCUCCAUUCCUGAGCCCAAUAUUGCCUAUGUCCCUGCACCAUCUGCUGCUUGAUGAAUUCAUACCACACUAUUUUAUAUUUACUUUAUUUUCCCUUUAAAACUUUACAAUUUUAUAUUUAUAUGCAAUUUUUUCUGAAUUAUAAGUGUAUCUACUUAAACAAAAAUUUCGAUACCAAUUUAUCUCGAAGCUCAUCCAAAAAGAUGAAAGAAAAAAAAAGAGAAGAGAAGGACAAACUUUUAUUUUAUUAUUGUUAUUAUUAUUAUUUUUGGGUUUAAGAUAUGAAUGUAAUUUUAUGAUGAUGAAAUAUAGUUGUGAAUAAAUGAGAAGUAACAUUCUCUCUUUAUGUU